CAAGCAAAUUACAUCUCUCCCUCGCGUUUUUAUCUUCUUCCUCAUCACAUUUUCCUUAUUUAAUUUUUGUUUUUCUUGUAUGGAAUGGAACUCUGUCGUCUCCGACUCCAUUACUGAAUCCAAACAAGAAGCAAACACCUUUCACACAUAUCUGUCGUUCACCCACCAAACCCCAUUUCGUCAUCUCUCCUAUAUUAAGCCUUCAUUCUUCACCACCCACUUCACUGCAAUCCAAAACCAGACAAAAUCUAGAGAGAGAAAGCUUGAGACAUAGAUAGACAGUCGGGAGAAGGGGAAGAGAGAGAGAGAGGGAGAGAGAGCGCUUUUCUUGUCCUUCCUAUUUUCUCUUUCUCUUUCCAUUUCUUGCAGAUAUAAUCCAUUGGCCUUGACCCUUUGAACUAUAAAGCUCUUCAAUUCUCUCCCAUUUUCCUAACCCACCUCUCUGAAUCUAUCAUACGAAAAACCAACUUGUUCCUUUAGCUUUCUCGGCAACCAAACAGAAGAAAAGGUGGUGGCUUUAUUGAUAUGACGGCGUUUGGAGCGAAAUGGCAGGGUUUGAGAUCCGUGGCAAUGGUGAUGUUUCACUUUGCGGCGGCUUUUGCGUUUGUUUCGGCGGAGAGAGGCCUGAGGCUUGAAGGUUCGAGGUUCAACGGAACAGAGGGAUCCGAAUCUAAUUACCUUCUCAAAGCUGUGAAUUUCUUAUGGCAAUCGGAAAAAACGGGAUAUCAUCAUGUUUGGCCGGAAAUGAAAUUUGGGUGGCAAAUUAUUGUGGGUUCUAUUGUUGGAUUCUGUGGAGCUGCUUUCGGGAGUGUAGGCGGUGUUGGUGGUGGUGGCAUUUUCGUUCCUAUGCUUAGCCUAAUCAUCGGGUUUGAUCCAAAGUCAGCAACAGCUAUAUCAAAAUGUAUGAUCAUGGGUGCAGCUGGCUCAACUGUGUACUAUAAUCUUAAGCUAAGGCAUCCGACAAUAAAUAUGCCCAUUAUUGACUAUGAUUUGGCUGUACUCAUCCAACCGAUGCUCAUGCUGGGCAUUAGUAUCGGAGUGGCUUUCAACGUGAUCUUUGCUGAUUGGAUGGUCACAGUUUUGCUGAUUGUUCUCUUUAUAGGUACAUCAACAAAGGCGUUCUUCAAGGGUGUUGAAACAUGGAAAAAGGAAACCAUUAUGAAGAAGGAGGCCGCUAGGCAUUUGGAGUCAGCUGCUGCUGGUGAGAAUGUGGCAUACAAGCCUCUCCCAAGUGGCCCAGCGAAUGAGCAGCAAAAGGAAACCAAGGAGCAGGAGGUCUCGGUCAUUGAGAAUGUUUGCUGGAAGGAGCUUGGACUUCUGGUUUUUGUCUGGGUUGCAUUUCUUGCACUGCAAAUUGCCAAGCAACGCACAACUACUUGUUCUCCAGCAUAUUGGGUAGUGAAUUUGUUACAGAUCCCAGUUUCCCUUGGUGUAUCUAUGUACGAGGCAGUGAGCCUUUACCAGGGACGGAGAGUAAUAGCAUCUAAGGGAGAGGAAGGGACAGAUUGGAAAGUGCACCAGCUGGUUAUCUACUGUCUCUUUGGUGUAAUUGCAGGAAUCGUAGGUGGGUUGCUUGGAUUAGGUGGAGGAUUUAUCAUGGGUCCGCUGUUUUUGGAGCUCGGAAUCCCCCCGCAGGUCUCCAGUGCCACAGCCACAUUUGCAAUGACAUUCUCAUCAUCCAUGUCCGUUGUAGAAUACUACCUUCUAAAACGUUUUCCAGUUCCUUACGCUGUCUACUUGACCGCGGUUGCCACUGUUGCGGCGUUGGUAGGACAGCACAUUGUGAGAAGGCUGAUUAUACUAUUUGGAAGGGCAUCUCUGAUCAUAUUCAUUCUAGCCUUUACCAUAUUUGUCAGUGCAAUCUCACUAGGUGGAGUUGGGAUAUCGAACAUGAUCGGGAAGAUUAACCAGAACGAAUACAUGGGUUUCGAAAACCUUUGCAAGUAUGAUGUAUAAAAUGUGUCCUUUUAAAGGGGAAAAAAUUGCUAGGGUUCUCAUUGAUGAACUCUGUACUGUGUUCUGCUACUACCAGUUUCUUUUUUUGUCAAAGUUUUUGUACUUACUAGGUCAAAUUUGUGUUUUGCCCCCAAAAUUGUGGAUCAGUAAUGUGAAAGCUAGCUUUGUUAGA